CGGGAAUCGUGGGCUAGGUCAAACUUAUUCCGUAUUCUCGGCAAACUCGGCUAAUACUGUUCAUAUUCAGAGGGACGAUACAGCAAUUCUGUUCAAGACGGGUGAUGUCUUACAAUCGACAGAGCACCCCCUCCCAAUAUCCGUUUUCGAGCUAACGUUUGGUGACGAACGAGGUGGUAACUAUGUGGAACUAGUUAUCUCGCGGUGCAAAGUACAAAUGAGCGAGACUUUCAGAUUACGUCUAAACGACGUUUACUAUGAUAAGAGUGUCUGUUUAAGGGUAUUAUUGAUCUUGACCAGAAUUAUACCUACCGGUACGGCAUGUGGGGGCUUUUUGUGGUCUUGA